GCCAAUUGCAUCAACCGUGCCAUACAUGAUUGCGAGGUUUCAUCAUAAUAUAUGAGCUUAUACUUGCUUGUACUUUGUCUUAUUAUCAAAGUAUUUUGUCUUAUGUGCCAAUUGGUGAUCAAUCCUUGCAGUGGUAACCAUGAACGUGACUGGCUAGGGACUGGAUCCUUCUAUGGGAACACAGACUCUGGGGGGAAUGUGGUGUGUUGGCUGAGACUAUGUUUUUAUGUCCCUGCAGAAAACAGAGCCAAAUUCUGGUACUCCACCGAUUAUGGCAUCUUCCGCUUCUGCAUAGCUGACACUGAACAUGACUGGAGGGAGGGAACCGAGCAAUACAAGUUCAUUGAGCAUUGCUUGGCAUCAAUUGACAGGCAAAAGCAACCAUGGCUAAUUUUUCUUGCACAUCGAGUACUUGGUUAUUCAUCUGGUAGCAAUUAUGCAGAUGAAGGAUCAUUUGAGGAACCAAUGGGGAGGGAGAGCCUACAAAAGCUCUGGCAAAAAUACAAGGUGGACAUCGCUGUGUAUGGCCAUGUGCAUAAUUAUGAAAGGACAUGCCCCAUAUACCAGAAUAUUUGCACAAAUGAAGAAAAGCAUUACUAUAAGGGUCCCUUGAAUGGAACAAUUCAUGUGGUUGCUGGUGUUGGAGGAGCAAGCCUUACACAAUUUACAACCCUCCAAACCAAAUGGAGUUUCUUUAGAGACUACGACUAUGGAUUCAUAAAACUUAACAGCAUUUGACCAUUCAAACCUGUUGUUUGAGUACAAGAAGAGCAGCGAUGGAAAAGUCGAUGACUCUUUUAGAAUCUCCCGGGAUUACAGGGACAUCUUGGCUUGCACUGUGGAUAGUUGCCCA